AUGGCAUCACAAUCGCAGCCAACAAUAUGUUUUCCAGGACCUGCGGCGGGGUACACCCAGUCAUUCUGGCGGACUCAACCAGAUCCCCUGGAUAACCACCAAAGUACCCCAGAACUGCCAGUGGAGACCGACAUCCUAAUUAUCGGAGGAGGCUAUGUUGGCGCAUCAGCUGCCUAUCAUCUUCUAUCAGACAACAAAAAGCCAGAUCCACGGGUAGUCCUCCUGGAAGCGCGCGAACUGUGCUCCGGCGCCACCGGGCGGAAUGGAGGUCACCUACGAGCAGACAUAUACUCUGCAACUGCAACAUAUACAGAGCGUUAUGGUCUCGAAGCUGCAGCUGAGAUCGUGCGCUUCGAGCUUGCGCACAUGAAAGAGAUUGAAGAUUUGGUUCGCAACGAGAAUAUCGAUUGUGAGCUUACUUUUACAAAAAGUCUCGAUAUGUACCUUGAUGAGGACCAGCUGAAGAAAGCCAAGGCUUUUAAUGAUUUCUUACUUGAGCGGGGAUUGGACUUUAUGGAUGAUGUUAAGUAUCUUUCCGAGAAGGAGGCUCAAGAUGAAGCCUAUGUGCGCGAUGCUAAAGGUGGCUUCAGUUUUUCAGCAGGCCACCUCUGGCCCUACAAACUCAUAGCAGGUUUAAUCCGCAUUGCUCUUUCAAAAGGUCUGAACUUGCAAACAAACACACCAGUGUCUAAAAUCAGCCAAGCCCAAAACGAAGAUGGCUCAUGGACAGUCAGCACAAAUCGAGGCACAAUAAACACCAGGAAGAUUUUACUCGCAACAAACGCCUUUACUAGCGCUCUAGCACCAGAAUACUCUGAGGCAAUUGUACCCUGCAAAGGAAUCUGUACUCAAAUUGCCGCUGCACCCGGUGCACCACGUCAGGAACUACCCUGUACAUAUGCCAUCCGACUCGGGCCUGGGGCAUUCAUCUACCAGAUCUCUCGAAAUGAUGGGUCUCUCAUUGUUGGUGGGGCGUCGCAUACCUUUAAAGGUGAUUUGAAGGAGUGGCAUAACAACCCUGAUGAUGGGGCUUUAGUCCGUAAUAUGGAGCAUUACUUUGAUGGGUAUAUGCAGCGGACUUUCUUUGGGUGGGAGGAUAGUGGGGCGGAAGUUAAGCAUAUUUGGAGUGGUGUCAUGGGAUAUAGCGCGGAUUCUUUACCGCAUAUUGGUCAUGUCCCUGGUAAACCUGGACAAUUCAUUGCGGCGGGUUUCAAUGGUCAUGGUAUGCCUGUUGCGUAUCUUUCCGGUAAGGCUGUUGCACGCAUGGCAAAGGAUUCGGUGUCCUUCAAAGAAACUGGGUUGCCGCGUUUGUUUGAGACUUCGGUGGAACGAUUGAAGCCAAUCUAUAACGAUAUUCUCGGGUAA